AUGAAGCUCAGCCUCCUCGCCCUCAUGACCCUCCUGGGCCUUGCCAUGGCUGUUCCCGCGGAGGCAGACACUGAAAGCACCCAGGUCUCCGACGGAACUCUCGGCAUCGACUACUGCGGUCAGCGCUGCGAAGAGGACCGGGACUGUCGUCGCGGAGAGCGCUGCCAUGAUUGCUACAAACGUCACGAUGAGACACUGUUAACUGAGCUGGACAGCAUUAUGGCCGCUGCCGCGAGCGUCAUUAGGCAGGCUGUUUUGUCUGGCAAGAGCGCGAGUUACCCCGAGUCUCACUCUCAGCAUCACUCAGUCGUCACAAGACACCUAGAAGAAACCCUCCCUCUCCUCCCUUCGAGGCAGACUAUCCAAUCCAAUCAGACCCAUAAAGCCCAGACCAGUGAAAUUCAGCUCACCGUAAUCGGACUCAACCUUGUGAUAUUCCGAGGAUAG